GUGAUGCAGAUCUUCAUCAGUUAUUUUAGAUCUUAAUAAGCCUCUCUGUCUUUCUCUUUCAGGGUCGCCAUGUCAAAACAGGACAGCUUGCUGCAAUCAAGGUCAUGGACGUCACAGGAGAUGAGGAGGAGGAGAUUAAAGCAGAGAUCAACAUGUUGAAGAAAUACAGCCACCACAGAAACAUCGCAACCUACUACGGAGCCUUCAUCAAGAAAAAUCCUCCGGGCAUGGACGACCAGCUGUGGCUGGUGAUGGAGUUCUGCGGCGCCGGCUCCAUCACAGAUCUGAUUAAAAACACCAAAGGUAACACUCUGAAGGAGGAGUGGAUCGCCUACGUCUGCAGGGAGAUCCUCAGGGGUCUGACCCAUCUGCACCAACACAAAGUCAUCCACAGAGACAUUAAAGGCCAGAACGUGCUGCUGACGGAGAACGCAGAGGUUAAACUAGUGGAUUUCGGUGUGAGUGCUCAGCUGGAUCGUACGGUUGGACGCAGGAACACGUUUAUCGGGACGCCGUACUGGAUGGCACCCGAAGUCAUCGCCUGCGACGAAAACCCCGACGCUACGUACGACUUCAAGAGUGAUCUGUGGUCUCUGGGUAUCACAGCGAUAGAGAUGGCAGAAGGAGCGCCACCUCUGUGUGACAUGCAUCCGAUGAGAGCGCUCUUCCUCAUCCCCAGAAAUCCCGCCCCCAGACUCAAGUCUAAGAAAUGGUCUAAGAAGUUCCAGUCCUUCAUAGAGAGCUGUCUGGUGAAGAGUCACAGCCAGCGGCCGAGCACAGAGCAGCUCCUCAAACACCCGUUCAUCAGAGACCUCCCCAACGAGCGGCAGGUCCGCAUCCAGCUGAAGGACCACAUCGACCGCACCAAGAAGAGGAGGGGGGAGAGGGAUGAAACUGAGUACGAGUACAGCGGGAGCGAGGAAGAGGAUGAAGAGAGGGACAUAGGAGAGCCCAGCUCGAUCAUCAACAUCCCCGGUGAGUCCACUCUGAGGCGGGACUUCCUGCGUCUGCAGCUGGCCAAUAAGGAGCGAUCGGAGCUGAUCCGACGCCAGCAGCUGGAGCAGCAGCAGAACGAGGAGCACAAGCGCCAACUGCUGGCCGAGAGGCAGAAACGCAUCGAGGAGCAGAAAGAGCAGCGGCGACGGCUGGAGGAGCAACAGCGUCGGGAGCGCGAGAUGAGGAAGCAGCAGGAGCGCGAGCAGAGGAGGAGGUACGAGGAGAUGGAGGCGCUCCGCCGAGAGGAGGAGAGGAGGCACGCGGAGAGGGAACAGGAGUACAAGAGGAAGCAGAUCGAGGAGCAGCGGCAGGCGGAGCGGCUGCAGAGACAGCUGCAGCAGGAGCGAGCGUACCUGGUGUCUCUGCAGCAGCAGCAGCAGCAGGAUCCACAGCGGCCACCGCAGGACAAGAAACAGCUGUACCACUACAAAGACCAAGCGCCUGGCACCAACGACAAGCCGGCCUGGGCCAAAGAGGUGAUGCGUCGAGCUCAGAGUAACUCUCCUCGCAUCCCUCCUAAGAAAUAUCACUCCUUCAACCAACCUCGAGACGCCAACCUGGACAACCUGCUGCUACUUCCUGGUUACAAACCUCGCCGGUCCCGCCCCCCCUCUUACCCCGCCCACGUCAGCCCCUCCAGACAGCUCCAGCUGCACGUGCCCCGAAUCCGCGUCACCUGCGUCCCCGCACACGCCUCCUCCUCUUCCUCCUCCUCCUCUUCCUCCUCUCAGCCAGUGAUGCGCAGACACAGCCCCGACAACAGAGGCCAUGACAACAAGGGCCAUGACAACAGGGGCCAUGACAACAGGGGCCGGAGUCCAGGCCGCCGGGUGGAGGAGCAUUAUAAGAUGAACAGACAGACUUCUCCUGCCUUGCAGCAUAAAGUCUCGAACCGGAUCUCGGACCCGUCGCUGCCUCCUCGCUCCGAGUCGUUCAGCAGCGGAGGCAUCCAGCAGGCCCGGACCCCCCCCAUGCACCGCUCCGUCGAACCACAGAACUCCGACCCCACCUCCGACACCCCUCCUCCCCCGCCCCUCUCCCGCCUGGCGCCCCCCCUCGACAAGCUGGACCGUAGCUCAUGGCUGCGGCAGGACGACGACAUGCCCCCCAAGGAUCUGACGGCUCUGGCCAAAGAGCUGCGGGAGCUUCGGCAGGGUGAGGAGACGAGCCGCCCGCCGGUCAAAGUGACGGAUUACUCGUCGUCCAGCGAGGAGUCUCACAGCAGCGAGGACGAGGACGGAGGAGAAGGAGGCUCCAACGACGGCUCGGUGGCCGUCAGCGAUAUCCCUCGAAUCAUGCCGGCGGCGAGUCAAAGCACAAACGAGCCCUUCGGCAUGAUGGGAGGUCAGAACGACAUGCACGGAGACUCGUACGGGAACAGCUCCCAGGACGGCACCCUGAUGAUGCGUGAGUACGGGAUGGGGAGCAGCAGCGGAUCCAAAUCUUCCUUCACACCCUUCGUUGAUCCGAGAGUUUACGGGACUUCACCGACUGAUGAUGACGAUAACAUCUCUGCCUCAGCUCUGUUUGCUGACGAGCUGCUGAAACACGAGCAGGAGCAGGCGCGGCUCAACGAGGCUCGUAAGAUCUCCGUGGUGAACGUGAACCCGACUAACAUCCGACCGCACAGCGACACGCCCGAGAUCCGCAAAUACAAGAAACGCUUCAACUCUGAGAUCCUGUGUGCAGCUCUGUGGGGAGUGAACUUGCUGGUGGGAACAGAGAACGGCCUGAUGCUGCUGGACAGAAGCGGUCAGGGAAAAGUUUACAACCUGAUAAAUCGACGGCGCUUCCAACAGAUGGACGUUCUGGAGGGACUCAACGUCCUCGUCACCAUCUCAGGGAAGAAGAACAAGCUGCGUGUCUAUUACCUGUCCUGGCUGAGGAACAGGAUAUUACACAAUGACCCCGAAGUGGAGAAGAAACAAGGUUGGAUCACAGUCGGAGAGCUGGAGGGUUGCGUGCACUACAAAGUCGUGAAGUAUGAGAGGAUUAAAUUCUUGGUGAUCGCUCUGAAGAAUGCCGUUGAGAUCUACGCCUGGGCUCCGAAACCGUACCACAAGUUCAUGGCCUUCAAGUCGUUCACUGACCUGCAGCAUCGCCCCCUGCUGGUGGACCUGACUGUGGAGGAAGGGCAGAGGUUAAAGGUCAUCUAUGGCUCCAACGCUGGCUUCCAUGUGAUCGACGUGGACUCUGGGAAUCCGUACGACAUCUACAUCCCCUCACAUAUUCAGGGUCAGGUGACCCCGCACGCCAUCGUUGUUCUGCCCAAGACGGACGGCAUGGAGAUGCUGCUGUGCUACGAGGACGAGGGCGUCUACGUCAACACCUACGGACGCAUCACCAAAGACGUGGUGCUGCAGUGGGGCGAGAUGCCCACCUCCGUCGCUUACAUCCACUCCAACCAGAUCAUGGGCUGGGGAGAGAAGGCCAUUGAGAUCCGCUCCGUGGAAACGGGACACCUCGACGGAGUUUUCAUGCACAAGCGAGCACAGCGACUGAAGUUUCUAUCAGAGAGGAACGACAAGGUUUUCUUUGCCUCGGUGCGUUCAGGCGGCAGCAGCCAAGUCUUCUUCAUGACCCUCAACAGAAGCUCCAUGAUGAACUGGUAACCCUCCACAACUCUCCUCCUCUUUCACUCUGAGCGUCUCCC